CCGCAGCAUACAAUGCCGACAGCGGCGAUUGUUCGGCUGGUUUCAAUACGAUAGUACAUCCAGUGGUCAAUGCUGGAGCCCAUUUCCACACUAGCAUGAGGAAGGGAUAAUUCCAAGGAAUGAUUUGUCCUACCACACCAACUGGUUCUUUUCUUGUAAGAGUGACAAAUUUUCCAUCUAGAUCAUAGAAUAUUUAAUGAGUAAAAAUAAAUUUAUCUUUGAAAGGUACUUUUAACAUAGAAUAAUAUAUACCUGUUGGAAUGGUAUCGCCAGUAAUCUUAUCACACCAUCCAGCAUGGUAACGCAACACCUCUGCACCGAAAUACAUUUCACCAACAGCAUUCUUGUAUGAUUUUCCUGUAUCCAAUGUUUCAAGGGUAGCUAGUUUCUCUGCAUCACGUACAAUAAGAUCUGCAAACUGUUAUAAAAUAUUAUAUAAUAAAGAAAUAGACCUCUGUUGAAACUUCCUUAACAGACAUGGUAAAAAUUAAAACCGUAUUUAUCAGCUUUGCACGGGCAGAUGCAUUCAUGUUCCUCCAUACUGAUCCUCUUUGGAAUGCUUUCUUUGCAGCUGACACUGCCUUGUCCACAUCAGCCUACAAAUUGAAUGUACAGAAAACAGUGUUUCAAACAAUGAAGCCCAUGAUAUUAAACCAAAAUAUAAGCAUUUGAUGUAACCUUGUCACCCUCAGCUACUUCAACAAUAACAGCACCAGUGGCCGGAUUUAUGGUGGGAAACUUUUUACCACUCACAGCAUCCACAAACUCGUUGUUGAUGAACAACUGGAAAAAAAUUUAGUUUUAAGAAAAAUGUUCAUAUCCAUAUUAUGUAUUCAUAAUAGUCCAUGAUUAAUACAGAGAAAAUUCAAAAAACUGAACAAUUUUUAAAUCUAAUCACAGAUAUUAGCAAUCAUUUACCUGAGUGUAUUUGAAGUCUGGCUUCUUGCAAGUCAUUCUGGAGUAUGCUUUCUUCGACAGUCGCUUCACGAAUGAUCUUGGACUCGUCAGAAACGUGCAACAGCUACUUUAUAACAGAAUGAAACAUAUCAUCUAAUCUGGCUCAACGCCAAUUAACGUAGUGGGGAUGUGGUCUGAUAGGAUACCAACCGAAUCUCGUAUCUGAAAACACUGGCAUGUAAAUACACAAAUUCGAUAUUUUUGUAUGUAAAAUAAGAAUUAUCAUUCGCAUAAUUCGUUCAUUGAAAUACAUACGUGAAUAUGGAAAGAAACAUCCGCAAUUAUAAAAUACACAACGUUUUCGAUACUUGUGCAAAAAUUGCAUACUCAUCCAAUCGAAUUUUUGAAAAAUCAUGAGAAUAUAACGCGAAAGAGAAAAAAAGUAUUGAUACGAUUUAAAGUUUUAAUAGAGUUUUAAUAAAUAGAUUGAACCGCGUGAACGAGAAAGCAACAGUUCCAAUGAAGAAAUAAAAACCUCAGUUGCUGGAGUUUAUUAAAUCGAUAAAUUGCGGACCAAUACCCGAAGACGUGAACGCUGUAUGUAAAUGGAAAAAUUUCGUUUUGUUUAAUGAAGAAUCGAGAAUGUGAUAUCGUAUAAUAUAUCGGAAACAAUAAAACUGUAAUUGUUCGUAAAGAUUAAGUGUGUCUGCAGACGUUAUUAAUAUUCUAUUGAAAUUAAUCCUUGAUCCGACGAGAUAUUUGAUAUGGAGGGUACUCAAACUCAAGCUCUAACGAGCCAACAGUCCCCCAAUGAUGGGACCGAUGAUGCGCCCAUCCCUUGUCCUAUGAUGGAAUUGUCAAAGGACGCGGGUGACAGACCAGCCCCCUAUUUCCCUCAACCAGGAGACGAACUUCCGGCACAACCGGAAGCGUCGAUGGAUCCUAUUGGGCCAUGGGCCACUGGAAGAGCGACCUACACGCCCAAAGAUGGUUUAACAGGCGUGAGACCGGUCGUUGAUCGAAAUAGUGUGACCAAAUUCGGCGCGCCGCAAUGGAGGGCUCACAAUCUCAAAUUCUUCCAACAGUCGAACGAAAAGAUUCAGGCCGCCCAGCUCGCGAUAAGCAACGCGAAAAGAUGCGUCCAGCAGUCGUACAAACAGGCGGACAAAACGCAACUGGAAAAUACCGACCACUUGAAAAACCGUGCAUCGGAGGUGUACCGUUGGAAAAUCGAGCUGGAGCACGUGUUACGGGACAUCACCGAGGAAAUCGAGAUGCUGGAAGCGGAACGUCGACGCGUCAAGCUGUCAUUGUCGGUUCUCACGGUUCCUGAAUCGAUUGCCGGUGAAUUCUUGCAGCUACGCUCGAAGCGGUUGGAGUCUGAUCUGAUCCGUGACGAGGUCGAGGAGGAAUUGACCAAGGAAGUAGCACUUUGCUCGGAAAUACGUGACCUGCUCGGCAGGACCCGCGAGCAAAUAGAAAUGCAAUUGAUAGAGUUAAAGGCAGCCAAGGCGAGGAUGGAAGUAGAUUGGACCGAUAAGGCUGGGGCUUAUCAAAUAGACACUUUCUGCGUGCAGCUGAAGAACGAAUCCCCUGAAAUUUUAUGGAAACCUGGGGCUACGAGAUUCCCGGCAGAACAAUCGACCCCAGCCAGCUAUGAACAUUACACGCGCGAAAGUUUGACCGACGCGGAGGCGGCCAGGCAAAGAUCGGCCAAUCUGCGGUCCACGUUGAAAGCCAUUUUUACGAAUUCCAUAAAGGAUCUUCGCGAUCAAGCGACCCGCGUGGAUCUCGCUCUCGGUGGGAAGAGCAAGCUCACGGAGGAAGUGUGUUCGCAGUUGGAGAAGGAACUGCUACGCGUGAGUGUCCUUGCCAAGUUCAAAGGGAAAUCGUUUUUUUGGUGCUUCUGCCGACACUUCGACUGCUUUCAGUGCUUGCACGAGCUGGCGAACACCGAGAAAGCGAUCGAAGAACUUCGGCAUUCGGCGAGGGGGCUCGAUUGCGCCAUGAAAGUCGCGCAAACACGAUUAGCCGAGAGAUUACGGCGGGAGAACGUUGAAAAUUGCCGCGACACACCCCAAUUUACGCUUGUGGAAGAAGUGAAGAUGCUGAACGAACGCACUUCCGCCAUGUUGGCCGAGCUGAAGAAAGCUGAGGAGACCCAGGCAGCUCUUGUCAAAGUCAGGGGCGAUCUUGAACGAGAGAUCGUCGUGAAACGGAAAACAUUGUACAUAGACAAGCAGCGUGGCCAAUUGUUGCGAUCUUUUUAUCCUUCGGCCACGACUCUGGCCGGUUUUUAAUGGUAUUUAAAUGCUUCUAUUACGAUAUGCUAAUUAACACGUUCCGUGCUCAUUGGUCGUUUGGUCCACCGUGUUCAGGAUUUGGCUAAGUUGCUUAGUCAGAAUUAUUGUCUAAUACAUAUUCUGUAGACAUUUUUCUGUGACACAUUGCUUUCGACUUUGUCUUACAUAAAUUUGCUUUUAAAAAUUUCUGUUUGCAUGAAGAUUCGCGGUAUAGUGAUCGUUGGAACGCACUAUUUAUAGAACAGUCUUCUGCAAAUAUCAUUGUCUAAUAGCUCGAGACGAUAAAGUCAGCGCGGAAAUAUUAUUCUGGGAACACUGUUAAGAGUUACAUUCAAUAACGUGUACCGCGUUAUAAUUAUUUUGAACAAUUCGAUGGCUCCGAUCAUCGAUGACCGACGUUGCAGGUGACAUAUUAAAUUGUUAAAAGCUAUAAUGAUGGUUCCAGUGUUCCCCAAAAUAUUAUAUUUUAUAUUUUAUAAAUGUUAAAAAGCGGCACGGAACGUGUCGAAUGAAUGUACAGAACACGAAAUUCAAUGGAGAUUAACAUUGGUUCUAUAAAUAUAUUUCGGAAGUACACCACUUAA